AUGAUUUUAGAUGUAACUUAAAGAACUGAGCCAUACACAAUAAAUUUCCGUGUGUCAAAGGAAUAAUUGUGUUAGGUGGCUUAUGCUUGUUAAGAAAGGACAUUUACAGAAGAGAUUGAUAAAUUAGAAGAAUUGGGAGGAGAGGAAUUUAUAGAGGUUAAAGAUAGUUAAAAAUAUAGAUGGCAUUGUGUUCAAAUUAUAAGAAUGGAUUAUAAUUAAAUGAUGUAGUUUUGAGAGAACAGAAUUUCGGUCAUAAUCGUAAACCAAUAAUUCUUCCAAAAUCAUAUUGUUAAUUGUUAUGGAGUGCUUUGGAAGAUUUUACAAUGCGAAUUCUGUGUUUGGCAGCUUUAGUGAGUAUAGCAGUAGAUGUAGGGACAGCAUCAUCUGAUUAUAGAGCAUAUGCAUGGAUAGAAGGUAAAUAGGAAUGUAAGUGAUGUUAGGUUUUGCUAUAUUGGUGGCUGUGAUAAUAUCAACAAAUGCAAAUGCUAUAAAUGAUUAUUAAAAGGAGAAAUAGUUUUAAAAAUUAAAUGCAGUGGCUGAUGAAAGAAAAAGAGUUACAGUAAUUAGGAACGGAUAGAAAUUUGAUAUUCAUAUGAGUGAGGUGUUGGUAGGUGAUGUAGUGAUGAUAUUUGAAGGAAUGGAAAUUCCUGCUGAUGGAAUGGUAUUUGAGGCAUCAGAUUUAACAACAGAUGAGUCAGCAAUGACAGGAGAGACAGAUCCAAUAAAAAAGAAUUAAUUAUCCUAUUGUAUAGCAAAAAGAAAUUAAACAGAUUCAGCAACAGCUGGUCAUCAUGAAGUUCCUUCUCCAAUAAUGAUGAGUGGUACAAGAGUAUUGACAGGAGAAGGCAAGAUGAUUAUUUUAGUAGUUGGAGAUUUAUCUUGUGCUGGUAAAAUAAGUGCUUUACUUCGAUAGGAUGAACCAGAAGGUAUUUUUUAUUUAUUAAUUAAUUAGCUACUCCUUUGUAAGUUAAAUUAGCAGCAAUUGCAGAAGAUAUAGGUAAGUUUGGAUUAUAUAGUGCAAUCAUUAUUGUUAUUGUUAUGUGUAUAAGAUUUGCCAUUGAGAAAUCUUAAAUUGAAUGGGAAAAUAAAUAUAUUGUAGAAAUAGUCAAUUUCUUUAUUAUUGGUAUUACAGUUAUUGUAGUUGCUAUUCCAGAGGGUUUGCCUUUGGCUGUAACACUUUCAUUGGCUUAUUCUACUAAAUAAAUGUUGAGAGAUCAAAAUCUAGUAAGGAAAAUGGCUGCAUGUGAAACGAUGGGUGGAGCAUCUAUGAUAUGUUCUGAUAAAACUGGAACUUUGACAUAAAAUAAGAUGACUCUAGUUAAUAUGUGGAAUGAUAACUUGAUUGAAUUGGAAUCAUAUUCUACUUGUAAUUUAACUGACUAUCUUCCAUAAUAAUUGGCAGAUCUGUUUAUACAAUCUGCUAUUGUAAAUUCAAGUGCAAUGCUUAGACCUGAACCUAAAGGAUCUAAAACUGAAAUUUCAUUUCUAGAAUUUAUGGAUAGAUGUCAACAACCUUAUGAACAAAUUAAAGAUAAAUAUCCAAUCCUUAUUAAAUAUCCUUUCAGCAGUCAAAGAAAGAGGAUGUCUAUUAUUAUAGAUGUAGGAGGAGGAUAGUAAAGAUUAGUAUGCAAAGGAGCAUCAGAAAUGGUAUUAGCUGCUUGUACCUAAUAUCAUUCUAAGACAGAAGGAGUCAAAAGAAUUGAUUCAAGAGUUGUUGAAGAUGCCAUUGAAAGUAUGGCAAAAAAAGCAUUAAGAACAAUAUGCUUGGCUUAUAAAAAUAUCUCAAAUGCUGCUGAUUUAAUAAGCAAAGAUGAUAAAGGUGUUUAUAAUAUUGAAUAAAAUGAUUUAAUAUUAUUAGCAGUUUUAGGCAUUAAGGAUAUUAUUAGAUAGGAAGUUCCUAGAGCUAUUGAAUUAUGUAAAAGAGCAGGAAUAAAAGUAAGGAUGGUGACUGGUGAUAAUAUUACUACAGCAAGAGCAAUAGCAAAUGAAUGUGGAAUAAUAAGCAACUCUGAAGAUAGUAUAGUUAUGGAAGGACCUGAAUUUGUAAGAAGAAUUGGAGGUGUUGUUUGCAAGAAUUGUCAUCCAGAUGAUUGUAAUUGUGUGAGAGAUAGUUAAACAGCAGAGAAAGAGAACAAGAAAUUAAGGAUUGACACAAUAGCAAAUGCUGAAGAGUUUGAUAAGAUUUAUCCAAAUCUUGAUGUUUUGGCUCGUAGUAGACCAGAAGAUAAGUAUGCUUUAGUUACUGGUUUAAUUGAAAGAAAUCAUGUAGUUGCUGUAACUGGAGAUGGUACUAAUGAUGCUCCAGCUUUAAAAAAAGCAGAUGUUGGAUUUGCAAUGGGAGUCUCAGGAACUGAAGUUGCAAGAGAAGCUGCAGCUAUCAUCUUAUUAGAUGACAAUUUUAAUUCUAUAGUUAAGGCUGUGAUGUGGGGUAGAAAUGUCUAUGAUAACAUAAAGAAAUUUCUGAGAUUUUAAUUGACUGCUAAUUUAGUCAGUGUUUCAUUGACUUUGAUCGGGGCUGCUCUAUUGAGAUAAGAAAUAUUAAAACCUAUUCAAUUGCUUUGGGUCAAUCUAAUAAUGGACACUUUGGGAUCUUUGGCUUUAGCUACAGAACCACCAUCUGAAAAAUUGUUGAAUCGUAAACCACAUGAUAGAAAUGAAUACAUCAUAUCCAAAAAGAUGUUUAAAUUUAUUAUAGGAACAGCACUCAUUUAGGUUGGGGUUGUUCUAAUAAUUGUUUUCUUAGGAGAUAAAUUUCUACCAGAAUAUCAAGAUGCUUAUGAUACAUCUAUAUUUAGUGGCCCUAAAAUAAGAUUCAAAUAUAGUAAUCACAAUUGUGUUACUGAUUUUGAUUAAUUAAAAUCAUUAGGACUUACUAAACUUAAUUAAACAUCUUCUACUGAUAAUCCAGAUGACUCUGAUAAAUGUUUAUUAACAAAAUGUGUCUGUAAAAAUUAAGAAUGUUAUGAAAUCUAAUGCCCUCCUUGUUUAUACAAUGAAGAUUCAUGUUCAAUAGUUGCAAGUGGAAGAUUAAUGACAGUUCAGGGAGAUUAAGAUUAUUAUAUUAUGUAUAACAUAGAACAUGAAGGCAGUAGACAUGUAAUUACUUUUAAGUAUUUUAGUUCACCUAUGUCUUUAAUGUAUUCAUCAUGUUAUAAUUGUUUAAUUUCUUAAAUAGCAGAAGAAUAACUGACGAAAUUAAUAUUCUUGAUAAUAUUACUAAUCACUCUGCUUUCCUUCUUAUUGUCCCUUUCAUUUUCUGCAUUCAAAUUUUGAUGGUUACUUUUGGAUCUGCUGCCAUUGGACUUUAUAGUUAUUAUGGGUUAUAAAUCAAACAAUGGUUAAUUGGAAUUGGAUUUGGUAGUAUCUCUUUAAUAGGAUGUCUUAUACUCAAAUUAAUUCCUGAAGAUAACUUUUGUAAAUAAAUGGAAACUUAAAAAGUUGCACCUCUUCAACAAGAAGUUAAUCUCUCUUCUAACAAACCAGAAUAAACUCGUAAUGCUCUUGCAAAUCGUUAUUCCUAAUUGUCAAGACAUCCAGAUCUUCCAGUUCAUUGA